AUGGAAGUUUUUUACAAGUUUAAAAGUGCGAAAGAUUAUGAUUCUCUCCCUAUUGACUGGCAUUAUACCACUGCUUCUGAUGUGAAAGAUUAUGUACUUAAGAAAAAGUGUUCUGGCAAGCGUAAUAAAAUUCAUUAUGAUAGCCUCACUCUUGUUAAUGCUGAUACUGAUGAAGAGUAUCUUGAUGGGGAAGCUUUGAUUCCUAAAGGUACUUAUCUUAUUGUACGUCGUGCGCCUAGAUGUUUCUGCAUGCCUAUUGUCAUCGACCCUCCUGCUACUCCGGAACAGGAGGAUAAUUCUUUGGUGGAGGACAAUGGCUUUGAUCAACCAUCUACUUCAGUGUUUCCUCGAGAAUCAGAAUGGGUUGAAUUUUGGAGUGAUUUGUCGCCGUCUGAAGUUGUUCAGGAUGCUCCUAGUAAAGCUGAUGUGGGCAGCAAGAUUAGUGAUCGAAUUAAAUCUGCUGCUUUGAACUGGAGGCAGUGUCAAUCUCCUGCUAAUAGAUUUGGGCGUGGUGGUAUGGGUGGGAGAGGUUUUGGCCGUGGGUUUGGUAAAGGAGGCAUGUCGGACAACAUAACACCCUCGCCAGGCUAUAUAUGCCAUAGGUGCAAGGUGCCUGGGCAUUUUAUCCAGCAUUGUCCAACCAACGGUGACCAUGAUUUUGAUAUCAAAAGAUACCAGCCACCAAGGGGCAUUCCCAAUUCUAUGCUAAUGGCUAGUGCAGAUGGCUCUUAUGUAUUACCAGGUGGUGGUUUAGCUGUUUUAAAACCAGAUGAGUCUGCUUUUGAGAAGGAGAUGCAAGGAAUACCCACGAUGCGUUCUGCUCCUGUCCUCCCUGCAGAGCUUCACUGUCCUAUCUGCAAGGCAGUUAUGAAAGACGCUGUUUUAGCUAGUAAGUGCUGCUUUGGGACUUUUUGUGACAAGUGCAUUAGAGAUUAUAUUAUGUCCAAUUCGUUAUGUACUUGUGGGGCCAAAAAUGUACUUGCCGAUGAUCUCAUACCUAACAAUACAGUGAGGAAUACCAUUGUUCAAAUUUUGGAGUCCACCGAAGGCAGUGGGACUAGUGGUUGCAGUGCUUUCUCUUGCUCUAAGGUUCCAUCACCUAAGUUGUCUGAACCUUCAAAGGAGGUUUUACUUGCACCUGGUGGUGGACUGAAUACAAUGGUUGAGGAGAUGACUGAACCAAUAGAAGCUGACAAAGAUGUAAAUGAAACCUUGGGUAAAGUGACUGUCAGAAAAGUUGUUGAAUUACCUGAAGCUGUGCUCGAGUGUGUGGGAGAACCAGGGUCGCAGAUAUGCCCUCCAGUGACUGAUGAAGAUAUGCAACCUAAGAUUCAGUGUUCAAAGGUUCCAUCCCCUAUUUUGUCUGAACCUUUAAAUGGGAUUGUAGUAGCAACUAAAACUGAAGAAAAUACAAAUGUUGAAGAGAUUUUAGAUUCAAUAGAUGCAGAGAAUAUUACACAGAAAACUCUUGGUAAAGGGAUCGUUGGUAAAGAUGUAGAAGUUUCUGAAGCUGCACAAGAGUGUAUGAGGGGACCGGGGUUACAGAUGCGUCCUCCAGUGACUGAUGAAGAAACGCAGAAGCCAACUCCUGGGGAAGCAGAAAAGAAAAGGAAGAAAUCUACAGAUAUGCAGUCGAGUCCUCUGCAAGACUGUGCACCUAUGCCACUGGAAUCUUCUGGUUAUAGUUCUUAUUGGAAUUGCAUGCAAACUGGAUAUGAUGGGUUUGGCCGGCCCUAUUGGGGACAAAACCCCUUUAUGAAUCCUGGCCUCGGGUCAAUGUCGAUUCCAUUUGGAAGUGCCUUUCAUUACAGUCCAUUUGGAGCACAAAAUAUGAUGCCCGUACCACCUCAGAGAGACCUUGCGAAAUUUGGGACUGGAUUUAAUGGAGAAUUUUGUUCUUGGGAAACCACUAAAAGGCGGAAGCGUGAUCAUGAGAAACAUGGAGGAAGCACAGAGGUUUCUAGAAAUAGGAAUUGCAGUAGAGACAUGAUAAGCCAUGAUCAACCCCGGGAGAAAAAACAGCUCUAUCAGCAGCCAUCAGAAUCAGAGUCAGUGUCAGCCACCCGAUUGCAGAUCUGUCCAGACCUACCACCACCGCCAUCCAAAUACUCCACUGGGAAAUCAGAAUAUGCCUGGAAACGUAAAGCCAGUGUCUUGUCUCGCAUAACAGAUCCUGAAGGGGAGAUGGCAGUCCUCAAGAAAAGAAAGCUUGGUAAUUCUUUUCCCACUGUUAAUGGUUUGAGUCAUCAGAGAAGCCACAGUAGGACAUCAAAUCAAUACCACAAGGACCAAUGGAACACUGUAGUUGCCACGUCGAAGAAUAUUUAUGAGUAUGCUGACAACCAUGAUGACAACGACAGGCACUUCAAGAGGAGGCCUUCUAAAUAUGAAAUAUCACCUGUCCCUGUAGUGGCAGACAGUAGGCGUACUGGUAGAGGAUGGACGGAGAAGAGGGUCAUAGCAGCAAGCAUCAGUGGAUUGUCUGUGUUUUGA